UCAGAGGGGGCGCCGUGGCGCUGGAGGGGGGGCAGAAGUAUUGAUCAGGCGACGCCGGAACUGAGUCAAUAAGACUUGGCCCAUUCACCGUAGUGAGGACCUAGAGUGCGGACGAGCGGGGAUGGGUAGCGUGUGUUCUCAGUCAUGACAAGCUCCGCGGUGACAGUGUCGUUGUAGAGUGUCUGUAAUCUGUAGUGAUCCAACAUGCCGAAGCCGACGCCCGUGGAGGACCUGGUGAUCCCACCGCAGGACAACCGCAUCUGCGGCACGAUCUGCAUGUGUCAGAUGACAGCUGUGUUGAGCAGCGUGGCGCUGGUGUACCUCACUGUGGCCAUAUACAUGCCGAGCUUCAGAGCGUUCAAGUCAGGCAUCACCGAGGUGCCGGCUAUGUGCACCACCACGAGGGCGGUGACCAAGGACAACUGUGACUGGGGCUCGUGUGGAGAGUGGUGCCUCAGCAAGACAUCCGGAGCCUGCAUGCAGAUCUACGUGAACCUGAGGAACAACGGAUCUAGCUUACUGUUCGCCAACUGUACCAACACGGCGAAUAAGACGUGUUACGGGAUAGACCAGGAGAACGCCAAGAAGAGCCGGUGUAUCGCCGACGAGUGCCGCAACCUGACCGGAACCUUCAACUGCACCAUGGGCACCUGCAUCAACAUCACCGACGCCUUCGAGUGCGUCUUCAGAGAGACAGACGCGCCGCUAAAAUGUUCCGGGAGACGAGGUAAAAUAAACUGUAUAGAUAUAGACGGGCUGCAGCAUUGCACCCGAGGGACGUGUGAGAGGAUCAGAUCCCCGUACAACUGUGACCGGCGCUGUCUCGACAUCCCCACUCGUAACAAAAACGUGAUCGUGCUGAAUGGCGACAAAGUGUAUCUCUCACAUUGCCAGCGAGCUAUAAACGUAGAGACAGACUCGGAGAUAUGGAACGAGACCAGAGAGAAUGUGUUGAUGGCGAGCUGCUUCACGAUAGAAAACAGCUCCGCGGGAGGUAUUACCGCGUCGGACUGCAUCAACGGCUCAGUUCUGGAGAAGAACUUGCUAAGUGAUCUGACCAACUUCACGUACCUGACCUACCUCCACGUGCAUCACACCAAGAUACUAGACGAGACUAGGAUGGUAGCACCUCCAGAACCCGACCUGUUGAUCGCCAACGAGAGCAAGUUGCUGAUUAACCUGGAGGGCUGCGUUAAUACACUGAAGGACGAGUGCCGUGAGUUCCUCAGAGAGUACGGAAAGGACGGGUCCGACCACAACGCGCGCGCUCGCUUCCCUUGUUUCUUCUCGGAGCAGGAUACGGACACCGUGGUGGCGCGGUUCAGUCUGGAGAAGACCUAUAACGAGUUCCUGAUCGCCUCGAUAGUGCCUUCCUGUCUGUUCGUGAUCUCAUGUAUCACGCUGAUCCUGUGCCAGAGGACAGUGGAGGUGGGCGACGACGCGAGGAUGAGGUUCAAGAAGAGGAGUAAGUCGUCGGAGAACAACAAGGAUGGAGGAGCCAGCGACGCGGGAGGGGGGGACCACGCCAUGGCCCUCUGAGAUCCGUCGCGCAUUCCCCUCCUGCAGGACAGUCCGACGCACCAGCACGUUUUCUCACUUCAAGACUACUAAUUUCUUCUCUCGCUUGGCUCACGGCAUCGCUUAGUGCGCGGUGCGGCAGGGGAACGCGUCACAGGAUCUCUUAUCGCUCG